CCCCUCGACUCGAGCGAAAAGAACACACGAUCGUCCCCUGGCGAUUCUAUUUUUGCGGUGAAAUAGAAGAGAGAGGUUUUCGUGCAAAGGGGUACUUUUGAUUGAGACAUUCCUGGCCCCUGAUGAUAUAAUGAGAAGCUCAAGAUGGAUUCCAAACAAGAAGAUUGUGAGGCAAGAAAUGAUGACAAGACAAUGCCGCUGUUCUUCUUCUUCUCCUGUAAGACGUCUGGAACCAAUUUCAUGAGACAUAAAGUAAUGGACAUCGCUGUGCAUUGCUGGCCCUACAAAGAAGAUGCCCCGAUGUUCUAUAGUAGAAUCCAUCACAACUGCAAGAAAGAAUCCACACAGCAAAGCAUGGCUCCAAGAUUUGGCAAAAGUGGAAUAAAUUCCACAGCAGAAACUGUCAUUUCUAACUUACUGAAAUGGAUCAAUGACACGACAGAAACAGCAAACUCUGAGCUUGCAUUGAAUCUUUAUCCAGUUUUGUUUGCUCAAGGCGGAGAGACGUUUCAAUUUCUCUUUUUUUUCCGAAUGUUGGAAAGCUAUGACAUAGACCCAAGAACCACCCUGGAGACACAUAACAUUCAUUAUGCUGAUCCCUUACCCAUCCUUAAGCAGUACAAAGAUGCUAAACACCCGUUGCUUUUACAGUCACGUUCUUUUGGACUAGGUUCUCUGCUUAAUGACUGGUUCCCUGCACAAUUUACUAAUCAAGAUUUGCUGGACUCCAGAAGCCGGGGCUCCCUCGUUGUGAAGUUAUAUACGCAGUGCAGCCUUCAUUGGUUGCUGUAUCGGACACCCAUCUACAACACAAAUGAGUGGAUUGAGUUCUACGAGGGAGAAAAAUACUACAGAGAAGAUAAAGUUGAUCUUGAAGAGAAUUUACCAGCCUCUGUUGUCGGUCUUCAACGCAAGCUUACAGUCAAACAUCUUUUGAAGCAUGGCUACAACUGGUCCCGUCUGAUUGAUCUCUUCACAUCAUGCGGGUCACUGCAUCAUUUCCAGCAGGAGCUACGAGACAUGGACAUUAAAACUGGUGCAGCAAGAAGAAUUACUUACAGGCUUGAUGAAAUGAAUCUGGAACAAGAUGGUUCUAGAGAGUACAAGGUACGGAUCAAGUCUAACAUGCCCCACGCAAAAUAUUACCACCUGACUGAUGCAAGAGGGCGCCAUUUUAUGCUGCGAGUGGCCAACGUAUUGCCCCCCUGUAUCUGCUCUUUGAUCGACCCCCCAGACAACCAGUGGAAGGUUCCAGCGAAUUUGUUGCAGAUAAAUCUUUCUGACAUAUGGGACUCUAAAACUGACUGGGAAUCUCACAAGGCAAUGAUGGAUAACAGCCAGGAUGUUGGAAGACUACAUGGCGUUGAGGUUGAAGGUCAAUAUGGUGAUAGUGGUGAAAUACAGAAUGCACUCAAUGCAACCAACUACGACGCUGAUCAACCAAUCACACCGCUUGAAGACACUGACAGCGACGCAGACUGGGAGAUUACAUCCGAGCCUGAGUACCAAUGUCUUGAUGAGAAUGAAGAGUUACUAGACAGUUUCACCAUGGUCCAAACCUAUCGCCCAACAACCACACUUCAAAAGGGUCUACCUGGUGUCAAUCCAUUCCAAGAUACCAGUAAGGAAUGGCUGUUUGAAGAAGUCACAGAAAUAAAAGAGGAGUGUCAAAAGGAACUGCCAGUGUCUGCAUCAGACAGCCAAUCAAAUACUGAGGAUAUAACUUUGUUGACCAAUCAGAUGGCAUCAAGCACACUGUCUCGUUUUAAGUCAUCCAAUCAGAAAGAUUCAUCCGAGACGUUCAUCAUUGCAUCAGCCAACCAAAAUUCCUCAGCGAGAGCAUUCUGUUCUACAUCAUCUCACAGUUCCUCGUCAUCAAAAAUGCACCACUCAGCUUUAUCCAACCAGAUGUUCUCAAGUCAGUCGCAUCAUUCACAGUCAACCAAUUACAGCUCAUCCUCCGGCUCAAAACGUUGUCGUUCGAAACAAUUUGCCCUUUCUAAUCAUUCACCAACAGAGUCACGCUACUGUACCUCAGCCAAUCAGAAUGGUCCAAAACAAUCACACCACCGACCUUCAGCCAAUCCUGGUUUAGCAGCUGGCUGUGCGCCAUCAACAGAGUCGUGUCACUUUACAUCAGCCAAUCAGAAUGGUCCAAAACGAUCACACCAACGACCUUCAACCAAUCCUGGUUUAGCAGCUGGCUUUGCGCUAUCAACAGAGUCACGGCACUUUACAUUAGCCAAUCAGAAUGGUCCAAAACGAUCACACCACCGACCUUCAACCAAUCCUGGUUUAGCAGCUGGCUUUGCGCCAUCAACAGAGUCACAGCAGUUUACCUCAGCCAAUCAGAAUGGUCCAAAACAACCUUACCACCAUCCUAAAACCAAUCACGAUUUAAUUGGAUGGUCAUUACAGUCAACAGCUACCCCAUCCAAUCAGAUGGUUUCAACACUGUCACACGACUUCCAAUCUGCCAAUCAAACUGCUCAUGUUGGAGCAGACCACAGCAAAGCAACAGGAACAACUUCUUUUGCUGAAAAUCUUAAGGGACAGAAAAAUUAUCAGGGAAAAGGUGAAGCAUCUAUGAAAAGAAGGCGUCAAAAGAAAAGCAAAAGAGACAGUCAGAACUAACGUAAGUUUAAGAAAAGUUAGUUUGAUUUCUGAACAACUCGUUAUACUUUCCACAGAGGCAAUGCUUUAUGUGGUAGUAUUUUACUAGAUAACUUUUUCCAGUUUAUGCAACUUGAUAUUGUUAACUGUUUGUGUGGUGUUGGAUGUGUUAAUUUAUAUUAAGUAUAUAUUUUUUUAUCUUGUGCAUUUUUAAUGUCUACCUGCAGUAUCAAGUGAAAUGAACCAUAGGGAAAGGACCACAGAAGGAGUUAAAACAAAAACCCACAGACCGUCAACCUAAACUUGUCCCUUAGAAAAUGCAUUGUCAUCGCCAGCUGCUUUCAUGUGCUGUCUGCCCUUGUAAUGUAUAUAAUGAUUGCCGUCAUUGAUUUGCUGGGACGGCCAUGGUUGAUGCUGUCAAGCCAUGAGUAACCAUGCAAUUGAAUGUUCCUUUCAUAAAACAAUUUCCUAUGGAUUCCUACGUUCAGAAAGAUGUUAUAUUAAACCGGCAGGAUUUCUAGUAAAUGAUGAACCAUCUCUGAUCGAUGGCCAGCUGUGGCCAACGGAGACAUUUGUUCGAAUGUUCUUUUCAGAAUUUGUUUAGAAAGUGGGGCAUACUUUGAAUAACUAAGUAUUGCAUGCAAAGAAGCAACCAUGGCUGUUAACGAACUGGUGCUGGCGGCGGUGAUCAUUGCUCAUUUGAUGCUGGGACGUUAUAACUCUUUCAGUGGUUCUCUCUCUAUGAUUGAGCUAAGAGUAGGGUAUAUUUAUUUAUAUAUUUUCAUAUAUAAUUUCAUUAUAUUUAAUCAUUUUGGGAUUUUUUUGUAAAACUAUUCGUUUGAUGCAUUUUUGGCUUCUGAAGUUUUACAAGUUGAAAAUUGUUCUAAUUGUUUUAAUUAAACCCUGUGGGAAAAACUGCAUCAAAACAGAUGUUUUGUUAUAUGUAUAUUUUUAUAUCUAGAGUAUAUAGUUUAUAUUUAGAGACCAAAGCUUCCAAAAUUUUCAGAUAUUUUGAUCAGACAGAGAGUCCUACUUCUAAGGACACCCCUCCCCUCCCCAAAGUAACCCACCCCCUCCCCAAAGUAGACUCCAUCAAAAAUAAAUUCAAAAUAAAUGCACAUUAAAAAUCAACAUUCUUUACACAACUUUUUAGUUGUGGUCUCCUUCGCUCUCCCCGUAAUACUUUUUGUAUGACAGUGAAAUUAAUGACAGCUCCCUAUGUUGCGUUUUUUGUGUUCAUUUAUAAGAAACAUAUAAAUGCUAAACAUCUGACUUUAUUUUGCAUUAAUUAAUGCAUUAGAUUAUAAAUGCAUUUGGAAAUGCAACCGUAGUUUAAAGGUCGUUAUUUUACAUUGUUUAUUAAUCUGUGUAUUCUUUAAAAAGCAAAGGUGCUUACCUUUUAUUUUUAUUUUAAUUAUGUUCAUCAUAUUAUUUUUAUAUUGGAAAGUGGUAUA